AUGGAGUCAACUAUCGCAGGACAAGCAAAAGAAAACUGUCAGCUGCGCGAGGAGAUUAAUUUUCUUCAACAAAGAUCGAGGAUUGAAAAUAUAGAAAUCACUGGUGUGCCACAGACUGAUAGUGAAAAUAUUUAUAGUGUACUGGGGGCUGUUGCUAAGGCUAUUGGAGUUCCAUACAAAGACGAUGAUAUUGCUAUAGCGCACAGGGUACCAAACACUGGGGGUAACUUCAAUAUCAUCGUCAAGUUUGUCGCAAGAAAAAUCAAAAUUGCAUGGCUUGAAGCGGCAAAGAAGAAAAGGGGAAUAAAUUCAAGCGAUCUUGGUCUUGGGCUUCCUAAGUCAGCUGUCUACAUCAAUGAACAUUUGUCUCCGAUAAAUAAACAAUUGCUUGGAAAGGCCAAAGAACUCAGGAAAAAUGGCAAGCUUACUUACGUCUGGGUAAAGAGUGGAAAAAUAUUUGUGAGAAAGGAUGCGGCGUCUCUGGCUAAACAAAUAGUGCGUGAAUCCUCACUAAAAAAUUUCAUCCAGGAGUGA